GGAAAGUGUUUGGUGGUCAAAAAAGUCAGUACGCGAUGAACAAUGGAGAGACAGAGACGUCCUUCUGCGACUUGCUGAAUCAUUCUUUUUAACAGUUAAAUCCUCUUUUUUUCGAUAAAGCAACAAAGCCUUGAAACUAAACAAAAAAUCGAGUUUUUAGCAGAAAGAGAGAUGCAAGCAGAGAAAGAUGGGGGGUGGAUGCGCUAAACAUGGAGGUUGUCCUAGCGAUUACUUCGCCGUUGUCAUAGCUGUUAUCUGCUUCUUCGUGCUUUUGUCUCGAUCGGUCUUUCCAUGUUUGAUACACAAGGCUCCUCGUACUAACAGUAGCAGCUUCUGGAUCCCUGUCAUUCAAGUCUUCUCCAGUUUCAACCUCCUCUUCUCCAUUGUGAUGUCAGUCAAUCUGCUUCAGUUCAAGUCGCAACAUUGGCGGCGAUAUUGCUAUCUUUGGGCAGUGUGGGUGGAAGGACCACUUGGAUUCGGUUUGCUCAUGAGCUGCCGUAUUACUCAGGCCUUUCAACUCUACUUCAUAUUCGUCAAGAAACGUCUACCACCUGUAAAGUCAUACGUCUUUCUCCCCCUUGUUUUGUUGCCAUGGAUCUUCGGAGCUGCAAUAAUCCAUGCAAGAAAGCCUCUCAGCAACGAAUGCCACUUGGGUCUUCAAUGGACUUUCCCAGUUGCAGGCCUCCAUGCUCUUUACGUCCUUGCUUUAGUUGCAUUCACCAGAGCCGUCCGUCACGUAGAGUUUCGUUUUGAUGAGCUUAGAGAUCUCUGGAAAGGGAUUCUCGUCUCAGCUGCUUCAGUCGUUAUAUGGGUGACAGCGUUUGUGUUGAAUGAGAUUCUCACAGAAAUCUCUUGGCUUCAAGUCGCUUCAAGAUUUGUGCUCUUAGUCACGGGUGGGGUUCUUGUGGUUGUCUUCUUUUCCAUCUCGAGCAAUCAACCUCUUCUCUCACAAAUCAGCCUUAAGAAGAAAGACAACUUUGAGUUUCAGAGAAUGAGUCUAGCUCUAGGCAUACCUGAUAGUGGUUUGUUAUUUCGAAAGGAGGAGUUUCGACCUGUUGAUCCUAAUGAGCCGCUUGAUAAGCUUCUUCUCAAUAAAAGGUUUCGCCAAUCUCUUAUGGAGUUUGCGGAUAGCUGCUACGCUGGAGAAACGUUGCAUUUCUAUGAAGAAGUGUAUGAACAUGGUAAAAUACCUGAAGGUGAUUCGAUAAGAAGAAUCUACAUGGCUCGACAUAUCAUGGAGAAGUUCAUCGUCGCAGGAGCGGAAAUGGAAGUGAACUUAUCACAUAAAACCAGGCAAGAGAUCUUGACCACUCAAGACCUAACUCACCCUGAUCUCUUCAAGAACGCAUUAAAUGAAGUGAUGCAAUUGAUCAAGAUGAACCUGUUGAGAGAUUACUGGUCAUCCAUCUACUUCAUCAAGUUCAAGGAAGAAGAAAGCUGCGAUAAGGAAGGAUGGAGUUUCUCUCCUCCAAGGAUAAGUUCAGUUCAAGGCUCUGAUGAUCCUUUCUAUCAAGAACAUUUGUCAAAGAGUCCCCCCACUUCCAGAUGCACUAGUCCCGGUUAAGGAAUCUUAACCAGAAUCUAAACUGCCUUUUUAAACAUACGGUAUUUUUGAUGUUUAUAGCAAUUCAGUCCAUCAACCACGUCUUCAACAUAUUAUAGCAACCGGUACUUGAACCACGUCUUCAACAUACGGUAUUUUGAUGUUUAUAGCAAUCUAGUCAAAUAUAUACUCUCCUUUCACAUUUAUUGUACAUGUCUAUUUCUCUCACUCUUGUUAUACUGAAAGAGAAUGUCUGGUUCAUGUUUUGA